AUGGCAUCCAAGGGGAUCGACCGCCGGGAUGAAGACGAGGUCUGCCCCGUCUGCAAGUCCUCACGGUAUCUCAACCCGAACAUGCGCUUCCUCAUCAACCCAGAAUGCUACCACAAAAUGUGCGAAUCUUGUGUCGACCGCAUCUUCUCUUCCGGGCCAUCAAACUGCCCCGUCGCCGGCUGCCGUAAGACCCUGCGCAAAAACCGUUUCCGCGCGCAGACCUUUGAAGAUAUCGGGGUGGAGAGAGAGGUAGACAUUCGACGACGGGUGAUGCAAAUUCUUAACCGCCGCGAAGAAGAAUUCGACACAAAACGCAACUACGACGAUUUCCUCGAACAGCGCGAAGAAAUAAUAGCAAACCUCGUCUCCCGCACCAACGAAGCAAAAACAAACGCCCAACUAGCAAAAUACGCCACAGAAAAUGAACAGUCCAUCCGCGCCAACCUAGCCCUCGAAGAACAAGAAGCAACCUCCUUCCAAGCCCGCAUGACCCUAGAACAAGAAGAAGCCCAGCGCCGCCGCCAAAUCGCGCGUCAGGAAUACGAGAACGAGCGCCGUGAGCUCCAAGCCGGACGAGAAGACAUGUUGUCCCGACUCGCGUCCGGAACUACCGCAGACGCAAACGCCAUCGCGAGGGAAAGUAGUAAAGUGCAUCUUAAGAAAUCGUCUGCGCGGCGCAGUGAGGAGGAGCGCAUUCGUCUUAAACAAGCUGCGCUGCGGGGAAGUGAGACGAAGCGCGGUACGCCGCUGUCUAAUUCUGAGAUUGCAGGCGCUGCGGACUCGGGCUUGAUCAAGGGUUUGAAGAAGAUUAAGACGCCUGAGCUGGAGAAACCGUACGAUCCGUUUAUGGGGCUGGUUCCCGAGACGAGGGAUUAUUUCACUUUGCAGGAGUCGUAUCCUUCUACGUUCUUGGAGCGGCAGCGCCAGAAUGUGCAGGGCUCGGCUGGUGGGUACGAUCUGCGUGAGUAUUACUCGCGCACUAUGCUUGAGGCUUUUGCGGGGUUGGGUGUUUUUGUUGAAGAGGAAGUAUCGAAACGUGAAGCCGAGAAGAGCUCUAAGCCAACGGCCACUGAAGGCGCUGCGAUUGCUGCCGCCAGUGAAUAA